AUGAAGUUCUUGAAAUAUUUAUUCCUUUUUUGUUGCUUCAAGUUAGUUUUAUCUGGCGGACAAGACGAAUGUGGACCAUAUUUAGAACUCAUUGACUUAUAUGUUGAAGCUGAGGAAGUUUUAACGAAAUUUAUUGAUGUAGCGAUUUUCUUUGUCAAUUACGUCAGUGAAACGACAGAUUCCGAGGCGCAAAUUUUAGAAACUGAUGAUAUUAAAACGCAAGAAUUUCGAGAAUUAUUAAAUAAUGCCAACCUGCUUGCCAAUCUGGAUAGUUUUGCAAACUUUGAAAUUAGGAAUUAUAUUGGGAUGUUGCCUUCUGAAGAACAAUCCUCCGGAAACUUAUUUCGAAUUGCCUUGUUGGAAAUAAUAACUGAGAACGGGGAAUCUAAUUUCAGAAAUAUUUCAAAUGCAGUUUUUGAGGAAAUGAUUAGAGUCUUUUCUUCUGAAGAAUUUGACGCUCUUUUAGCCACAAUUGAAAACCAAACACCAGUGGAAUUCCCGUUGUCGUGUAUUCAAACACCUUUCUUUAACUUUGUUCAAAUUUUACUCGAAAAGAACGUUGAAUAUACGAAUGUUUUUAAUGAAAAACUUAAUUCACUGAAUCAAGAUCCUUAA